CAUCCUGGAUCAUAACGGAGCUGCUGCUGCUCGCUGCCUCACUGCUGCUGCUGCUUCUCUGAAGGCGAACUCAUCAUGGCACUCGUGUCCGAGUUUCUGAGCCAACUGACGCUGGCGCACACAGGGGAGGAAGAGCCGAAAUUCCCCACUGUGGUGCCAGUGCGAGACUUUGACCCGGCCAAAGACGCCGCCAGGAUCGAGGCAGCCAUCAAAACAAAAGGCGUAGAUGAACAGACCAUCAUCGACAUCCUGACCAGACGAAGCUACGAGCAGAGGAGAGAUAUCGCCUUUGAAUACGAACGCCUCGCCAAGAAGGACUUGAUCACGGCCCUGAAGGGGGCGCUGUCUGGCUCUCUGGAGGCUCUGAUACUGGGUCUGAUGAAGAGCACCGCUCAGUAUGACGCCUCUGAGCUCAAGGCCUCCAUGAAGGGCCUGGGAACUGAUGAGGAGACUCUAAUCGAGAUCGUCUGCUCCAGAAGCGAUGAGGAACUGGUGGAGAUCAAGAAGGUUUACAAAGACAUGUUUAAGAAGGAGCUGGAGAAAGACAUAGCAGGAGACACGUCAGGAGACUUUGCCAAACUGCUGCUGGCUCUGGUUCAGACAAAGAGAGAUGAACCCUCGAAUGUUGUCGACUAUCAGAAGAUUGAUGACGAUGCCAGGUCUCUGUAUGAGGCCGGGGUGAAGAGAAAGGGAACUGACGUGGCGACCUGGAACUCCAUCUUCUCCCAGAGGAGCAUCCCCCACCUGCAGAAAGUGUUUGAGAGGUAUAAGAGCUACAGCCCCUACGACAUGAAGGAGAGCAUCAGGAAGGAGGUGAAGGGAGAUCUGGAGAAGUCCUUCCUCACUCUGGUGGAGUGCUUUGAAAACAAACAGCUGUACUUCGCCAACAGACUCAACGAAGCCAUGAAGAGUAAAGGGGCCAAGGAGAAGGUGGUGACCAGGAUCAUGGUUUCUCGCUGUGAAGUCGACCUGAUGAAGAUCAGAACAGAGUUCAAGAGGCACCAAAAGAGGUCACUGUACCAGGCCAUCGCUGAGCACACUAAAGGAGACUACCAGAAGGCUUUGCUCAGUCUGUGCGGAGGAGACGACUGAAACCUCAGCUCAGACUGGACUCAGUUUCCAGAAUGCCACUGGGUUUGAAAGGCCUUCUAAAAACAGUAUUAGAGCCCUGUUUGUGCUAUAUCCCAAGAUUCAGGGGUAGAUAUGUUUGUCCCCUUACCUUACCCUGACCCUGGCCAGUUACCUUCCAAGUCUUGGGAUCUAAGAUUUACCAUCAGAGCCCUGUUUUCAUGUGACAUAUAUUAAGUCUCGUCCAUCUGUCUGAGCCGCUUCUGUUUCUUAAAUAAAAAACAUUUCACCA